AUGUCUAUACAACCGCUACCUCCAAACGUCAUCAGCCAGAUCAAAUCAGCGACAACAAUUACCAGCCUCAAUGGUGUUGUAUGCGAACUCAUGAAGAAUUCCCUUGAUGCUGGAUCGACUAAGAUUGAUAUCGCCGUUGACUACGCUCGAGGGGCCUGUGAUGUGGAGGAUGACGGGCUAGGGAUAUUACCUUCUGAGUUCCGCGAGAGUGGAGGACUUGGAAAGUUAUACCAUACCUCCAAGCUCGGUGACGAGAGCCAACUCCAUGGCUGCCGUGGGACUUUCCUUGUCUCUCUCUCUGCUAUGGCCCUAGUCUCGAUUACCUCCCAUCACCACUUUCACCACUCCCAUAAUACUCUAAGCAUGCACAAGUCCGAGGUCAUUGCUCGCCAGACUCCCGCUCCAGCACAUCAGAAUCUCCCAUAUCCUGCUCAUGGAACACGCGUCACGGUGUGUGACUUGUUUGGGAAUAUGCCGGUCCGGGUCAAGCAGAGAGCCAUAGCUGCCGAGAAAUUCCGGGGUAAUAACAAGGAUUGGGAUAGUCUGAAAUGGAAUGUUGUCAUGCUCUUACUGUCUUGGCCUAGCAACGUUGCGCUCACCAUCCGGGAGGUUGGAACUUUGCAGAAGAUGAACAUUAGACUGCCAUCGGCAGAAGCACAAUCUAGGCCAGGCGCUUUGGGUGGGAUUAGUAUCUCCAAAGUCUGUACCAUUCUCUCUCAAGCUUCCUUUAUUACUCCGGAUGAACGGCCUUCAUGGGUUCGUAUUGCUGCCUGUACAGAUGAAAUACAAGUUGAAGGGGCAAUUUCGCUUUCUCCGUCCCCUACAAAAAAUGUCCAAUUUAUUUCCUUAGGUAUACAACCAUUGUUAACCGGAAAUGGUCCGACAAUCGUGCAUGACGAUAUUAAUCGGCUGUUUAUGAACUCUGCCUUCGGCAGUGAAGAAGACUUUUAUACUUUAGAUGAUGCAGAGAGAAUAAAGCGAGCAAAGGACGGACGGUAUCGAUCUGAUGGGUAUACAAACCGAGAACUGAAAGGCAGCAAGAAAGGGGUAGAUCGAUGGCCGAAAUUUUACAUCAAUAUACGUAUGAUGCAGCAUAGGCCUCACGAAGUGGACGAUAUUCUGGAUAAUCAAGGGACUGCUCUUCGCUCAGUUAUGGAAUUACUACAAGUAAUGAUUUUGGAAUUUCUUAAUCGAAACCUCUUUCGGCCGAAAGUUGGACAAGGCCAUCAACCUCGCCUAGGCAGUGAAGAUUUCUUGAACAAAUCUUUUGAAAACACUUUUAAAUUAGCCAAGGAACAGGACGGGUGCCCUUCUGAUAGUAUUGGAAGACCUCUUCCCUCCUCGUCUGUCCAAGCACCCACCGAGGAAAAGUUGGCUAGUAGGAAGAAAGGGCCUUCGGCGAUUCUGCACCCUAAGCAUGACCCCUUGGGCGUGCAGGUCAAGCUUCCAAUCAUCCGCAGAUCUUCGUUCCAACUCGCAUCCGGCUUUGACAGUUGGCCACAUAUCAAACAAGGGGUUACACAUCCACAGACACAGACACCAGAUCAUAAGAGCAACCCAGUGCCCAUUCCAGCAUCUGAACGCCCCAAAAAUGCGGAUAAUGCCUCCCUGAUAUCUACUGCAUCAAGAUCGGCCGGCAAGGCGCAAGCCCCGCCAGCCCUUCUAUCCUCGAGUGGCAAAAUUACUCGCCGACCCUUCGCAGAGGUUGAAAUAUACACAGCUCCAAUCCAGAAGGUCUUGUCAAACUCUUUACCACAGAAUGAGACCUCUAUCCCCGAAGCCACAAAUGAUGACGUGCUUGUCGAAUGGAUGAACCCUAUCACCAAAGUCAGAUCCUUUAUCAACCAGAGGACCGGCCACACAGUGGUUAAAAAUACGAAAAAUGUGAAAAGCGGAUCGACUCAUCCAACCGUGAGCCAAGGUCCUGCCUUUUGCCGCGCGAAUCUCAAAAGAGGUCUCACAGCUAUAAGUGGCGAGACAAGUCCUUGGGUCAGCAAUAUACUUAGGAAUUGGGACAACCCAGUCUUCGCACCAGCCGAAGCUUUAAUUCCCCAGGUUAAUUUAAAUGGCUUGGUCGAUGCUACUCAGGAUAUACUGCAUGGUCGCCGCCACCAUUGUUCACAGAUCGAGCUUGAUCGAGCAUUCAAAGACUUUUCAUGUAGCAUCAGUGCAUGUAUAUCCAAGGAUGCCUUGAGUAGCGCAAAGAUUAUAUCGCAAGUGGACAAGAAGUUUAUUCUGGUGAAACUCCAUGCGGCGGACAUCCCGGUGGGACAAGAUAAACGAUUAGGCCAAGAUUCGAUGCUUGUGAUUAUCGAUCAACAUGCAGCAGACGAAAGAGUUCGGAUUGAAGGUUUGAUGGAGGAGCUUUGUACGCCGAGCGACUCCUCGUCGGCUAGUACAUCCGGAUCGGACGUGUUAACCACAGCCUUGGAGAAACCUCUUGAGUUUGAGAUUUCUCCUCAGGAAGUCCAGCUCCUUCGCUUACAUAGGAGCCAUUUUUCUCACUGGGGUAUUUUAUACAACUUGCCGGACGAUGAGUGGGCUUCUAAUCAGAACGAGAGAGGAAAAUCUACGCGCAAGGUGCUUGUUUGGAGCCUUCCUCCUGGAAUUGCCGCAAGGUGCAAAACCGACCCACGUGUGCUGUUCGAACUCAUCAGGGCAGAAGCCUGGAUAUGCGCAGAAAAUGGAACUGCAAGCAAUUCUCCGGCUACCUCGGUUGUAUCCAACGAUACACUAGAUUCGACGCGUGCCUGGAUUCAUCGCAUUCACAAUUGCCCCCAAGGUAUUAUCGACAUGCUCAACUCCCGUGCUUGUAGAAGUUCGAUCAUGUUCAAUGACGAACUGAGCCGAGAGCAAUGUGAGGAAUUGGUAAGAAGACUGGCUGAUUGCAUGUUCCCGUUUCAGUGUGCGCAUGGCAGGCCAAGCUUGGUACCGCUGGUUGACUUGGGGAUACUAAUUACACAUGUGGAAUUGCCGGGCAUUGGCUUAGAGGAGCCUUGUGAUCGUGGGAGAAGUUUCGGUUCCGCCUUUACGGAUUGGAAGAAAAAUCUCGGUAGUGAUUCUAGUGACGACGAUGGAUGA